AUGCCAAACUACUUUGUCAUUGAUGCCCGUUUCAGCUUUAGCUCUGAGCUAGACAAUUCCCUUUCGACUUCUCAUCAAGACUUCGAAGCUCAACAACCAAGAACCAAGUCUGCUUGGAGAAAACUAUCUCGAACACGCAGUGGUUCAAUCUCAAUCGAGUCUUUCAAUACUGUUCCAGUAUCUCCAGUAAAUCGAUUUGCUCAUUCUAUGGGUAUCGAACGCACAAAAUACAAACCCAAAAGUAUCUGGAGGCGUUAUACUCCGCCAGCAACGUCAACUAGUGUCCAUGGUUAUCAAAAAGAUGAUCCAUCGAGUUUAUCAUAUGCAGCAAAGUCGAAUCGACGAAGUGCAUGGCGUCGAUUUACAGAGAAUGUGGACAAGUGUCUUUACCGCAUGAUGAGCAAGUUUUACAAAUAA